AGGGAUUUGGGGAAGGUGCUCGUGGGCUGGUGAUCUUGUUCUCGCUCUCUCGUUCCGGUGAGAUGGGAUAGUGGGACCAUGAAGACUUCAAAGCAGGGGAUUUAAAUCCCUCUCAGCCUGCAGCGCCAGAUAUGAUCCUGAUCACAGAUUUUCUAAAAGUGGAAUGGAAUAACCAUGAAUGGUGAUGCUCCAAAUCAAGAUUCCUCCUCUCAGCUCCCUGACUGGAAGGAGUUUUGUGAGCUUCACGCACAAGCUGCCGCUGUUGACUUUGCACAGAAAUUCUGCCAGUUUUUAAGGGAGAAUCCUCAUUAUAAUACCCCUGGGGCAGAAACCUCAUUUUCUCACCAUUUUGCUGCCAAUUUUUUAGACUUUUUCAGUUUUGAGGUCAGCAGGGUAUAUGUGUCUGACUCACCAACAAAGUAUAACAUUGUGCCCUUUGUAGGUCUUCAGAAUUGUCAGGUGCCUUUAGCCAGAGAUUUUGUGCCCAGGAAAGAAGAAACAUCAUCAGAAUCUUUGGACAGCAUGGAUAAUCCACUCACAAGCAGAUAUUUAAACCGGACACAGGGCCGUGUCCUCAAGGUCUCUUCUUAUGGCCAAUCACGCAGUUCUGAAGAUGUUUCAGUCCAUGGGAACUCCAAGCCAAAAUUCAAGAAAGGGUUCUCUUUGAGAAAUAUGAGCUUGUGUGUAGUAGAUGGGAUGAAAGAAAUGUGGCACAGAAAGUCUUCUCCGGAACCAAGUUUGGAUAAUGGACAGAUAAGAAAGUCAGAGCGUGAACAUUGCACUGUAGGGAACAAAGAACAUGCUGAGCCACGUGAAAAAUGGACUCACAAAUUGCGACUGUCAAAAAUGCAGGCAUCCAAAAUAGAUGUUGUUGACAUUCAGAGAGAGGGAACUCUCAGGUAUAUGGUAGCAGAUGAUACAAACUGUGUUGGAAGCACUCAGUGGCAAAAAUGUCGUUUACUUUUACGGAAAGCAGUAAAAAUGGAGGGAGAACGAUUUCUGCUUGAAUUUUUUGUGCCUCCAAAGUCCUCAAAACCUAAAGUAAGCAUUCCUCUUUCUGCAAUUAUCGAGGUUCGGACUACUAUGCCACUGGAGAUGCCAGACAAAGACAACACAUUUGUUCUAAAGGUAGAAAAUUGUGCUGAAUAUAUUUUAGAAACUAUCGACUCUCUACAGAAACACUCUUGGGUAGCUGAUAUACAGGAUUGUAUAGACCCUGGAGACAGUGGGGACGAUAUAGAACUCUCAUCGUGUGAGCAGGGAGCUUGUCUACCAAACAGAGCUUCGUCAUGUAGCUGCGAGUUUCUGGCUGAGGCAGUAUAUCGUCCUCUUGAGGCAGGAGUACCUGAUCUUACCGCCAUGUCUGCUGUUUCCCUUCCUCCGCCUGCUCUGCCUCCUCAAGUAAGAAGUAGGGAUCAGGCUUCUUCAGAACAGCUUGUGCAUGUUCCACUGGAGAAUUUUCUGCAGACCUUGGAAUCACCAUCUUCUAGCCAUGCACCAGGUGAAGACGUUGAGAAUGAAGUAGACAUUAAUCUGUUUGACUUUCCCUGGUUCCAUGGGACAUUAUCUCGAAUUAAAGCUGCUCAAUUAGUACUUUCUGGUGGACCUCGGAGUCAUGGGCUAUUUGUCAUCCGACAAAGCGAAACCCGUCCUGGAGAAUAUGUUCUGACUUUUAAUUUUCAAGGCAAAGCUAAGCACCUGCGAUUGUCGCUGAAUGAGAACGGCCAGUGCCAUGUGCAGCAUCUCUGGUUCCAGACCAUUUUUGACAUGCUAAAGCACUUUCAUUCUCAUCCGAUCCCUCUGGAAUCCGGUGGUUCUGCUGACAUAACCCUUCGAAGCUAUGUUGUUGCUCAAUAUCCUUCAUCUGAUCCUGGACCAUCCCCAAAUAUGGGAUUCCAACAAAGUUGUAGGACUGAAAACCAACCCCAACACUAUUUUUCAAGUUCUGGAGCAAGUACUUUGCCAUCUGUGUCUCCGGAGAACUCUGCAUCAGCCUCACAUCCGGCAUAUCACAGAGUGGACAGUACUCUAGGAACCCGGAGUCGCAGUAACAGUGCAGAACUUUUACUAGAAUCCCCAAAUGGAAGCACAGAAGAUUACCACGAAAGUGAUGGAUCUCGAAGUCGGACCAGAGCUGUAGAGAAUCAGUAUUCUUUUUACUAAUUCAGACAUAAGAAGUGGAAGUAUUAUUGACCUUGUCUUCAGUUCACGAGCCAUGGCCUACAUUUACAAGUGGUUGUAUGCCCUAAAUAAGUCUCUUGUGAUCCCAGAGGAUACAUUGCCCACUCAUCUGUUUCGGGAGGUGUCUUAUGUCAUAGCACAUUAAAUCAAUAUACUCUUAAUGUACAUUUUGUUCACUUCAGCAGUAGCCAGCGUUUGUCAUUGUUCAAGUUUCUUUUUGUCAUCUUCAAAAACCAGGAUUUUAAAGAUACAUGAACAGUUUAUGAAAGUCAUCUCUCAUUUUACGCAGCUGAUUUAAAUAGUAAAUGGUUUUACCUUCUACCAUAAUUUAAUCCAGCUAAAACGGUUAUACAAAGGGUGAACAAGUACUUGAGUAAUUUUGAGUUUAAGGGGUUUAUUAAUUAAAGUUUUUAUGAGUCACCAAUCCACCUACAGAAUUUAUGUAAAAAUAACUGAUUUGGAAAAAAAUAUCUGGUAAUGUAUUCAGCCAGUCAAAUAUGUUUUACCUAAUUUAGAGUCAAGUGAUGGCAACCCACUGUUUAGUGCAUAAACACCGUAUGGUUCAUGUAGCACAACAACAAUUUGACAAUUGAAGCGGCACUGUCACGUACUGGGGACUUUGCUGAAUUUGCUAGGGGUCUGGUGGCUAGGGGGGGACUGGUAAAGGUGAGAUUUACUUUACUGAACCUGUCCCUUGCAUGCACAGCCAUCUUCCUCAGUCUGCUCCUCUUCAGUGAAAUUUCAACAAAGUCAAAAUGAGUAUUAAAGAUUCAGUGCCGCUUUAAUGUUGUCCAGAACAACUACUGUAAUUCUGUAGGUGAUUUUGCCAAUGGAUUGCUCCCAGUUGUCCCAUAGUAGCCAAUAUUUAAGAUUUUUUGUAAAAGUACAGUAAUGACUGAGCCGCUAACAUAUUACAUCUUACAUCAUAUAGCCCAUUGUAUUGUUUAGGAGUAUUGUAUAUACUUAAUAUACAUAAAGCAACUGCAAAAAGGUCAGUAUAAAACAUACAGUCAUUGGCAUAUUUUUUUUACUAAAUAGUUGUGAGUUAACAACUGACAGAAUCUAGACCAAGAUUAGGGGUUUAAAAACACAACUCGGUUGAGUUAGAAAUUUAUACAACUCAGCUGUUUUUUUUACUUUUUUGUCAAGGUGGUAUGUUCACAUGACUUUUUUCCCUCUUUUAACAAAAAAGCACCUUUAAAAUCGAAUUAUUUCUUGUUAUACAUGUGAAAAUGUUCUAAGAUUUCUGCAAAUACCUUUUUUUUAUACAUAAAAAAACAGAGCAGAAAAAGCUUGUAUGUAGACCAAGUGUAUACAUUUGUUUGUGUUGUAGAUUGAUUAUUAAGUAAUUUAAAACUGCCAAAAACACUCCUGUGAAAUAAAUUGUCCAGAAUUUUUAGUAAUGUAAUCAAUAUUUGUAUGAUUUAUUUUCCAUUAGUGCAUACUUCUGAUUGAUUUACAACCUAAUAAAAUAUACUUAUGUCAGGUCUUUUAA